CUGCAACAUUCCACUUCAGACCCUUGCUUUGUCCAUACUCUGCCUCUGUACCCUUCUCCGCCGUGUCCCGCACGGUGUAACGCGAUCCCUCUGAGCUAGCACCGAAGCCAUCGGCGCGGGCGCCAGCUCUUCGUUAGCCGAACAUGGCAUCGAACCUCCCCAUCCCUAUUCCUCCGCGCACCCCGACGCCACCCCCCGAUGAUCCUCCUAGCAUUUCCGACCAGUCAUCCGGUCUGCAUGACAAAGACUCCCUGUCGCCAUUGAGGGACACGUUCCCUGCCUCGCGGGGCACAUUGGAUCCCGGGGAUGCGAAUCACCUGAGCCCUACGCGGGGGGGCUUCAACCUCAGCCCGGCAGAUGCAUUGCAGGGUGAUCAGAGCGACAAUGCUACGGGGCCGUUCAAUUUCAAGACUAUGACAAUGGCCAAGGGCCCAGUCGUCAAGUCUAACAUUGGCCAGCGACGCGGACACAAGUAUAAGCACAGUAGUAUUUCGCAUCAGAUCUUCCUCGAACCGCCCCCUCGAGCCCCUCUAGCUUUGCCCAAUUCGCUGCCUAUACCGACUUUCAAGGAGUACCGCUCCAGUAUGUCCAGGGACCAGACUACCCGGUUCUGGUGGAGCGUGUGUCACAUGUGUAUUGCUGGAUAUACGCUUUGGAGUGCUCAUGGAUCUUUGGCUAUGACGGCUCUGUCGCACUUGAUUCUCUUUGACUCCCUCGGCGCAUUGCUCUGUGUCGCUGUUGACAUCUUGGGCAACUUUGAAGUAUGGAAGCGAUCCAGUGUUCGCCACCCGUUCGGAUUGGAGCGCGCCGAGGUGCUGGCUGGGUUCGCCAUGUGCGUACUCCUGCUGUUCAUGGGGAUGGACCUUAUUUCCCAUAACCUGCAACAUUUCCUGGAGUCUUCCGGUCAUGAGCCUCAUCAUACUCAUGUCCACGAACGGGUGUCCUUGGGUCGUGUGGAUUUUACCGCUUUGCUGGCUAUUUCAUCCACCUUGAUCUCGGCCAUUGGUCUCAAGAACCACGGCCGGAUCGGCAAGGCGAUGCGAUUUGGGUAUAUUGAGUCGCUGCCGUCGGUUCUCAGUAACCCGUCCCAUUUCCUGACUCUGUCUUGCUCCGCGCUCCUGCUGCUGCUGCCAUUGGUGUCCAUUAAACUCUACAAUUGGCUGGAUGUGCUGCUUUCCGUUACCAUUUCCAUCUCGAUGUGUGUCAUCGGAGUGCGGCUGGUGAAGACAUUGGGCUCUAUGCUGCUCAUGUCCUACUCGGGGCCAGGGGUAUCCGAGGUGAUCCACGAUAUUGAGGCUGAUCCCUGCGUCUACGGGGUCGACGAUGCCCGGUUCUGGCAGGUCCAUUACGGGCUGUGCAUGGCCAACCUGAAGCUUCGAGUAUCAGGAACCGAGGAGAAUCUUGUGCGACUGCGUGAACGGAUUGCCAGCCUGAUCAAGAACCGACUUGGCGGAGGGUACGGAUCUGGGGGACAGAAAUGGGAGGUUUCGCUGCAGUUUACAGCGGAGAAGGCAUAGCAUGCUGUACAUAUACGAGGCUUCAAUGAAGUAUCAUGUAAUAGUGCUAUCCAUGUAUUCUGUGACUACAUUGCCUGAUCGCCAACAUUCUAUUCGCAGAUCUAAAUCAAGAUACAGACAUCAGCCCUCCGAAUU